CUUCCGGAGGGUGUCCCGGCUGCUCAGACCGGAGGGACACACACGCUGUGUGGCCCGGAUAGCGAGUUCCGCAGUCCGCCAUGGAGCUGCUGCCGAGGAGUUCGGAAGAGUUCAGCAGCGCCGAGUACUGGGAGAAGUUCUUCACGAGGCGCGGCGACAGGGCCUUCGAGUGGUACGGGGAGUACGCGGAGCUAAGCGCGGUGCUGCACAAGUACUUGAGAGCGCAGGACAAGGUGCUGGUGGUGGGCUGUGGGAACUCGGAGCUCAGCGAGCAGCUCUACGAUGCCGGCUGCGCACACCUGACAAACAUAGACAUCAGCGAGACGGCCAUCGGGCGCAUGAAGGAGCGCAAUGCCACCAAGCGGCCCGACAUGCACUUCGUGCUGAUGGACGUGCUGGACCUGCACUUCGAAGAUGGCUCCUUUCAGGUGGCGCUGGACAAGGGCACACUGGACGCGCUGGCCUCCGAUCAGCGGGUGGAGACGAUGGAACGAGUGGAGCGCAUGUUCGGCCAGCUGGCGCGGGUGCUGCGUGUGGGCGGCCGCUACGUCUGCGUCUCGUUGGCACAGGAGCACGUGCUGCAGGCUCUGGUGGGCUUCUUCACAAGGGCCGGCUGGCCGGUCCGAGUCCACAGGAUGGACAGCAAGGCCAGAGACGGUUUUCACCUGCCCGUAUUUGUCAUCGUUUGCACCAAAUUCUGCUGGCCCAAGGGUGCCACGGGGGUGACCCAAGUCCUGGAGGUGUGUGACAGCGAGGCGGCCCCUCCCCGGCGGCUGGCCACCCCAGAGGACCUGCUGGCGGCGGUGAGGCAGAGCCAGGCCUACGCCCUCCUCCGUAGCAAGCUGGGCACCCGCGUCGACCCCGGCGACGAGCCGGCACUGCAGCUGUGCCACGCCGCCUCCGGCCAGCCUCGCUACAGCAUGCACGUCGUGGACAGCCCGCCUGCCGGGAAAGGCGCCAGGAGGGGCCACUUCGCCGUCUUCAUCGUGCCCCAGGGGAGGGAGACGGACUGGCUCUUCGGGACGGCGGAGGGGCGCAGCCAGCUUGCCCGCACGGCCAACUUCCGCAGGCUGCUGAUUGUGGCCCUGCACCGCGGCCAGGACUACGGGGACAUGCGGGCAGUGCAGGUGGAGCUGUCGGCCAAGGUCAUGGAGCUGGCACCGCCCAGCAUGCCCUCUAAUCAGCAGGUGCCCUUCCUGUCAGAUGGCGGAGAUCUGGGCUCCCGUGAGGUGCGGCAUCGAGGGCACAGCCCGCUCAGUGGGGACUUUGUGGUGGAAGACGUGCGAGGCGAGGAAGGGCAGCUGCUGCGCCGGCUCGUCUUCCUCAGUAACACUAACGUGGUGCAGUCGGAAAGCAGACUGGCACGGCGCGCCGCAGGGCGCAAGAAGGGCAAGCGGAAGGACGCUGAGCCUGGCGGGACAUCCCUGCUGGUGGACAAGAGCUUCCUGUGCUGCGCCCAUCAUCGAGCGAUGGUGGCUGGACUGGCACUGCUGGACGAGGGCCGUGUGGCUGCCGAAGGGCAGUCGGUGUCCGUGCUGCUGGUGGGCCUGGGAGGGGGUGGGCUGCCCCAGUUCCUGCAUGACUACGUGCCCCGGGCACAGGUGGAGGUCGUGGAGAUCGAUGCGGCCAUGGCAGAGGUGGCCAGUCAGUGGUUUGGCUUCCAGCAGGACGACAGGCUGACGGUGACGGUGGCGGAUGGCUUGGAGGUCAUAAAACGGCGAGCGCAAGAAGGCGGUCACUCCUACGACAUCGUCAUGUUUGAUGUGGACAGCAAGGAGCGCACACUGGGGAUGAGCUGCCCACCUGCAGCCUUUGUGGAGAAGCCCCUCCUGCAGUGCGUCUGGCAGCUGCUUGCCCCACGAGGGAUCUUCGUGCUCAAUCUGGUGUGCCGGGACCCGAGUUUGAGGGGCAGCGUGCUGGCGGUCCUCGGGGACGUCUUUCAGAAGGUGCUGCUGCGGGCCAUCGAUGAGGAGGUCAACGAAGUGCUCUUCUGUCACAAGGCCGAGGCGCGCCCACUUGCCGAGCUGCCAUCUGCUGGUCACGCUCUGGAGCGGCACCUCAGGACACCUGGCAAGCCCUGGGAUGCCAGUCUCUCGCUGGCCGCUCUCCUGGAUAAGGUCAGCCUGGCGUGAGGUGCCACCUCUCCCGGCGCUUUAGUGCCCGCUUGACCCGCUGCUCUCCUCCUAUUUUUCUUUGUUAUUAAGAACCCAAUAAACGCCUUUGACUUUGUACUUGG